AUGAAAUUAAGAAAUGAUAUUGAAGAAAUCAAAAAGAAAGAUCAAAUCGUUACUAAUACUCAGGAUAUACUUUCUACAGAAGAUAUUUCAUCUGAAAAUUUGGAACGAAGUCCCCAAGAUAAUAAAACUAAACCUUAUAAGAAUAAAGAGAUCAAAUUUCUGGAACGAGUACAUAAAGAGCAUAUUAGCAAUGAGAUUAGAGAAAGAAAUCGGAAAAAGCUUAGAUCUCAAGACCCUAUACUAAAACCAUCCAAUUUAUCAUAUAAUGAUCAAAAUUUAGAAAAGGCAGAGCCUAGAGACUGUGUCUCUUCAGAACAAAAUUCUGAGACACAAGAAAUAAAAGAAUCCGAAAUAGAUAUACAACCUUUGAUACAGGAAUUAUUUCUAGAAACUUCAAAAAAAGAUUGCAUCAAAAUCGUUAAUAUAGAGGAUUCUAUUGGUGAUUCACCUACAAUCAAAUUGGCAAGUAUACCUACUGAAUCAUCCCAUACCCCUAGUUCGGAAGAUAUGAUAAGUGAGGAUAACAAAUCUUUACCGAAAACUAAG